AUGUACACAAUUAAGCUCUUCCUUUUUAUUGCUCCUCUAGUUAUUUCUUCUAGAAUUGAUCAAGACAAUUCACCAUUUGAUUCUCUACCUCAGGAACCAAAAUCAAGAUUUGCUAUGUUAGAUGAUGUGAAAAUUUUAGCCAAUGGCCUUCUUCAGCUAGGACAUGGUCUUAAAGACUUUGUCCAUAAGACUAAAGGACAAAUUAAUGACAUUUUUCAAAAACUUAACAUAUUUGACCAAUCUUUUUAUGAUUUAUCAUUACAAACCAAUGAAAUCAAAGAAGAAGAAAAGGAACUUAGAAGAACUACAUCAAAACUACAAGUAAAAAAUGAAGAGGUGAAGAAUAUGUCACUGGAACUGAACUCAAAACUUGAAAGUCUCCUAGAAGAAAAAAUUCUACUUCAACAAAAAGUGAGAUAUUUGGAGGAACAAUUAACUAAUUUAAUUGAAAAUCAACCUGAAAUUCAGGAACACCCAGAAGUAGCUUCACUUAAGACUUUCGUAGAACAACAGGAUAACAAUAUCAAAGACCUUCUCCAGACUGUGGAAGAACAAUAUAAACAAUUAAGCCAACAGCACAGUCAAAUAAAAGAAAUAGAAAAUCAGCUCAGAAAAACUGGUUUUCAAGAACCCACAGAAAAUUUUCUUUCCUCCAAACCAAGAUCACCAAGAACUACUCCCUCUCUUCAGCUGAAUAAAACAAAAAAUGCAGAAGAGCAUGGCAAACCUACAGAUUGUACUACCAUUUACAACAAAGGUGAACAUACAAGUGGUGUUUACGCCAUUAGACCCAGCAACUCUCAAGUUUUUAAGGUCUACUGUGAUAUAAAAUCAGGUAGACCAUGGACAUUAAUUCAACACCGAAUAGAUGGAUCACAAAACUUCAAUGAAACCUGGGAGAACUACAAACAUGGCUUUGGAAAGCUUGAUGGAGAAUUCUGGUUGGGCCUAGAGAAGAUAAACUCUAUAGUGAGAGAAUCCAUUUACAUUUUACGAAUUGAGCUACAAGACUGGAAGGAAAACCAGCAUUAUAUAGAAUACUCUUUUCACUUGGGAAAUCAUGAAACCAACUAUACGUUACACCUAGUUGAAAUUUCUGGCAAUGUCCCCAACGUACUAGCAGAGCACAGAGAUUUGGUGUUUUCUACGUGGGAUCAUAAAGCAAAAGCAGUCAUCAACUGUCCAGAAAUUUAUUCAGGCGGCUGGUGGUGGAAUGAUGCAUGUGGAGGAGGCAACCUCAACAGUAAAUAUAACAAACCAAGAGCAAACUCUAAGCCCGAGAGGAGAAGAGGAAUAUGCUGGAAGUCUCAAGAUGGAAGGUUAUACUCUAUCAAAUCAACUAAAAUGUUGAUCCGUCCGAAAGAUCCAGAAAGCUCAGAAUGAACACAGGCAAAUUAAAAAGCCAAUGAAUCAAACAUUAAACACAUUCCAACUUACUGUCAUUUAAUAAUCUGAUAUUAAAUGCUUGGGAGAAAGGUUGAGAAAUAUUUUUUCACAAUAUCUGUUUUAGGUGUAAAAUUACCAACUCAAAUAACACUAUUUACCUUUCUUGUUCAAAAUUCUUA